GAUGACGUCAAAUUCAAGAUGGAUGGAAUCACGAGCAGCGCGCAGAAAGCGACACAACAGUGAAAAAAGUCCCGGCGGCCGCGCGGAGAGCAGAGCCGAGUCACGACGGGGAAGGCCAUGGAGAGCCUGGUGCAUUACAGUAACCCCUCCCACGCCCUCUCGGUGCUGGGCGUUCUCAAUGAGCAGAGGCUGCGAGGCCAAAUGUGCGAUGUGGUUCUCGUCGUGGCCGACCAAAAGUACAAGGCCCACAAGAGUGUGUUGGCUGCCAGCAGUGAGUAUUUCCAGUCCCUGUUCACACAGAUGGACGCGGACUCGCUGAAAGCUGUGAACCUGGACUUCUGCGAGCCCGACGCCUUCGAGAUAGUUCUGAAUUACAUUUACUCCUCCUCACUCUUUGUGGACAAAGGCAGCCUGGCAGCCAUUCAAGAGCUCGGCUACAGUCUUGGAAUCCCUUUCCUCACCAACAUAGUGUCAACCAGGCCUCACGCAUCCUACUGUGUGUCUAGAAAAAGACUUUCCUUCUCUGAGGGGGAUGAGAACGACGUCCAGACAAGAAGCGUUAUUGUGUGUCGGGUUCGAAACGACGCGGCCCACUCGUCCCGCUCCGGUUAUCAGAGGAAAACACCAGAGAGACCAUUGUCUCCUCACUCCUCUCGAAAGUCAGCCGAACAGCCGUCAGAGCUCAACUCGAUUGGAUCAGUCAGGAAAUCUGAGCGCAGCCGGGAAUCUCCGGAACAGACCCAGCCCCCCGAGAGGAAGUCCACCUACCCGUACUCGUCGAUCUUAAAAGGUAACCCGUCUCACAUCUCGUCCGUCAGGCCCCAGCUGACCUCGUCGGUGUCUUUCGGAGAUGCCGAAGUGCAACAUGUCGGCAUGCAGUGCGACGUCAAGCGGGACAUGAAGGAGGAGGAGCAGGAGCCCAACUAUCAUACCAAAGUGCCCUUCCAGGGUCAGGCCAGCGAGCCCAGCCAGGCCAUCGACAGGAGCGGUCCGCUCAUCAAAAGCCUUCUCCGAAGAUCGCUGUCCAUGGACAGCCCCAUUCCGGUCUUCUCGCCAACGCUGGAGCUCAAGGAGCUGCAAAACAGAGAACAGUCGGUUGUUAAGAUGGCAGCAAAAGCUCCCUUGCCAGAAACGACUGCCCACAACGGCAAUUCCACAAGAACAUCCCCUCUCGUUCUCAGGUCAAAGUACUCUAACAGGUAUGAUGAAGACACUCAGGUAGAAAGACACUUCAGCGUGAAAGCCGAGCCGAGCAGCCCCCUCGCUGACCCCAUGGACAUCAUUCGAAUCACGGUCGGCGAUGCGUUGCCGGUCAACCUCAGAGACUUCCAAGAAAAUUUUGAUAAUGUUCCCAGUGUGGAAGUUAACCCUCCAUUGAAAAGAAAGGACAGGCCUGACAACAGGAGGUACCCCUUCAAGAAGAGCAAGUUUUUUAAAGAUCAUGCACUCGAUAUGUCGGCGAUGGGACUUCAGCAGGCCAGCGGCGACUCGAACAACGGCGGGGAGUCCCCUCCCAACCAAAUCUUCAAAUGCUGGAACUGUCUGAAGGUUUUCCGCUCCAGCGCCGGGCUGCACCGCCAUGUAAAUAUGUAUCACAACCCCGACAAGCCGUACGCUUGUGACAUCUGCCACAAGCGCUUCCACACCAACUUCAAAGUGUGGACGCACUGCCAAACUCAGCACGGCGUGGUGCAAAACCCGGCCUCCUCCAGCACAGUGGUGCUGGACGAGAAAUUCCAAAAGAAGUUAAUAGACAUCGUGCGAGAGAGAGAAAUCAAGAAGGCUCUGCUCUGGAAGCUGAAGAGGAAUAAGCAGGGCCUGCAGUCUCCUGCUUUUUCCAAAAAGAGAUCAAGGCCCAGCUCUAUAUGUCCGUACUGCGGGAAGGUGUUUGUAUUCCAGUCUCAGUACAGGCAGCAUUUAAAGACGCAUCCCGCAGAGAAAGCUGAGCAGGACAUUGCAGGCGAUGACAUGCUCUACCAGGAGCAGGACGAGCUGAAUCAAGAGAAGAGUCCCGACUCCGAUGCGUACUCCUGCAGGCUGUGCAACAUGAAGCUGUCGUCCCUCCUGGAACAGGGCGACCACGAGCGAGGCUGCCGGCACGCCACCGUGUGCCCGUACUGCGGCCUGCGCUUCUCCAGCCCCGUCGUCAAGAAGGACCACGAGGUCCACUGCAAGUACAAGAAGCUCACUUGCCUGGAAUGCAUGCGCACCUUCAAGUCGUCCUUCAGCAUAUGGCGCCACCAGGUGGAGGUCCACAACCACAACAUGAUGACUGUUAAAGACCAGACUCACUUGAGGCACCAAGAAAACGACAGCGAGGCCGCCGAGGUCCUCAAAGAGGAGCAAUACGACGACGAGCCUCCGGCGGCGGGGAGCUCCAGAGAGAACAUCGCCUACAGCGACUCCUCGGGUCCGCCCAUGUACGACUCCGAGGACUCCUCUUCCUAUGUGCCUGAGGACCUGAGCAUGGCUCAUCACGGCAAGCUGGUGGUGAAGGAGGAGCCGCUGGAGGAGGCCGUGAGCGAGAUGGACAAUGCCGACGCUGCCAAAGCCGUGCCCGAGGAGGCCGGCGUGUGGCCGUGCGAGAAGUGCGGGAAUCUCUUCAGCUCUCGCAAAGACCUGGAGCGCCACCAGGAGCUGCUAUGCCACAUCAAGCCCUUCAUCUGUCACAUCUGCAACAAAGCCUUCAGGACCAACUUCCGCCUCUGGAGCCACUUCCAGUCACACAUGCCAAUCGCGAAUGAACCUGAAGCCAAAGAGAUGGACCGGCAGCCCCCGCCUCUCUCCCCCUCCCCUCCGCUCCGCCCCCAGACCCCGGAGAGGCCCUCGCCGCAGGCCUCCGUUCUCAAACCCGCCCAGGCGGCGCCGCCCGUCAGCCCGAUGGUGGACGAGUCCAGCAGCCCGGAGCCCUGCAGCUCCGCUCAGAACAAGACCCCCAGGCCGGAGCCGGAGGGGCCGCCCGGCGGCCACAGCCCCCCGUCGAGGUCCAACAGCGUGGAGAACGCCCCCGGCGGCGGCGGCCCUCAGGAAUCGGACUCGCUCUUCUACCACGCGCCGUCGCUCUCCGCCCUCAUGUUCAAGAGGCAGUACAUGUGCAAACUCUGCCACCGGACCUUUAAGACGGCCUUCAGCCUGUGGAGCCACGAGCAGAGUCACAGCCACAUGUAAGCAGCAGACAGCGGAGACAAACACACACCUCAGCCUACAAACACAAGACUUUGAAUGUAUAGCUUACUCGCUUGCCUCCAAUGUCAUAUAUUGAAGUGGCCAUGUUAAUUAGAGGUGUAAACGUGAAUGUGCAAUCAAGUGCUAGAUUCCUCUGUGAGAUGAGAUGAUUAGAAAUGGUUUUGUUUUGUUUUGGGAUUUUUUUUUUUUCUUCCCAAAUAAACUAUAUGGAUUACUCUUUUAGUUGUCUGCUCGUAAAAACUAGGUGUUUUUGGAAAAAACGAGGCACACAGUCGCCCCCCCCCCCCUCCUCGGCCACCGUGCACCUCGUUUUCUCUGAGUGUGGACAAAGUGCUUUAAAGUUCAAAGAGUAGUGCUUUUUGCUUUCGUAUCCGAUCUAUCUCUCGGUGUGAGCGACAUCCCUUCAGAUAAUAUCGGUGGCCUCAACAAUGUAUUGAAUAUGCACUUUGUUUACCAGUUCUGGAUCUGUUGUAGAGAGAUGUGUUGUGCAGGAGUCAGGCCUAGCGUUCCUGUAUUCUCUCAUGGUUAGAGUCUUAUAUUGCGUUUACAUCCUUUGGUUUAUUGAGCUGACGGAGUGGAGGUUCUAAAUCUUCUAAAUCCUACAUAAUGUCACUUAUGCCCUCGCCACACUACCUGCUGCAAUUCAGUCUGGAAUAUUUAGAGCAAACAUGUUCUGUGGCUUCAUGCUGCAGAUUCUGGGUAUAUUUGAACAAUAAUUAUAGAAAUUUCUCAAGUUUUGGAUGAAAAAUCCCCCAGAGAAUCGUCGUAUACUGAAAGAAUUUGGUUGUUUUACAAAGCUUUAACGUGCUUUGAUGGCCUUAUGCAACUUUAAAUGACAAAUAUUUUGUUAUUAUACGUGAAAGCACAACAGUUUCUGACGAUUUACGACUCAGGCAUUCGGAGGUGGUGACGUGAAAGAGAGGGAGAAAGCAGAUCUUUAAUCCUCUGAGUGGUGACAGCGUGUUCCCUGCUUCCUAAAGAUUUCUUAUGAGAGAUUGUGUUUUUGAUUGUAUUCAACUUGUUUUUUUUUUCAAUUGUAUUCUUGUACAAGUAUAUAGUUCUGCUUUGGUUUGAUGGAUUAGGACUUUGUUAUAAGUUAUUAGAAGUCCGGGAGAGCUGCACGUGCACGGCGGGCGCACGUUUCCCCGCCGAACGAGCGGCAUCGUGACGUCGAAACUCUCGUAUUGAUAAUAGUGCUCUUAAUUUCUGACGGUUUGGCGGACACUCUUAGACUCGUGUACAUGGAGGUGUUUGUAUUCUGGAUUUUGUACUGAUUUUUGUUAGUAAACAGAAGUUCUAUCUUUUUGGUAUUCUUGUGCUCUCACUGCAAUAAUGAAUAUUUGUAUCAGCAUUGGUUGCAUUGCCGUUGCUUUCAGAGACUUGCAGCUGUUUUUGUGUUUAGGUUUUUCUACAGUUUUUUUGUGCUUCAUUUCUGUAAUAAAGAGUAACAAUGGA